AUGAGUAGUAAUGGCCCUCAGUCGAAUCCUUUAGGGAAUUUAGCUCAUAUAGCUAAUAACAUGCAACCAGUGAAACUGGAGUCUCACUCUCCUGCCUUACAACCACCACAGCAACACCAGCAACAACAGCAACAACCAAGUCCUGCACACUCAUUCACCCACUCUAACACAUCUCCACACCAUCAUAUACUUGCGCCUAUGCCAGCUAUCGAUCCUUCACACUCGGCAGGUUUGGUACCUUCACUGUCAACUUCUCCACCUGCACCUACUUUAAAAUCUGGCAAACCAAAACGAAUGGCAUGUGUCGAAUGUCGACAACAAAAAUCAAGAUGUGACGCUCAUGAAAAGCAUCCUAAUCCAUGUACCCGGUGUUCCAAGAAAGGCUUAAAGUGUGAUCUAAAAUCAGACUACAAGAGAACUUAUAAACGUGCUCGAAUUGCCCAAAUUGAGAAGGAAUUUAGCGAAUUAAAGAAAACGCUUACAUCAUCACAAGCAGUCGAGUUACUAAACAAAGCACCUUCAUUGGCUACUAUAAACGGUCUAACAGCUUCUCCUGCCGAAUAUUCAAGAGGAACUAGUAGUGCUGUACGACACAGUCAAAGUGGAUGGCCCAAAUAUCCUGCAACUGCUGGAAAUUCACCUUACAAUCAGUCACAGUAUGCAAACUCUCCCGCAAGCUUUGCUCAAUCACCACCAUAUCCAUUUCCUCCAACACCUCAGCAACAACCCUAUGUUGGAAACAAUAAAGCAAAUAUGCAGAGACCUCAACAACAAUGGAAUUCAGAUCAUUCACCAUAUCCUCAAGAAUCGAGGUAUUCAUCUUCAGAUACAAAUACUUCCAUUCCAGAUACACCGUUGAUAGCAAGACAAUUUGAACCGAUCGUGCCACGACAACCUGCAAUACCACAACAAGCUCCCAGAAUUAGACCAAUAGAUCCAGAUGAACCUCUAAGGAUUCCGGAUUCGGCUUUGACAUGUGACACGAAAUCACUUGAUACAGUAACAUUAUCCCCAGAGACCAUCAAAUCAUUAUAUUUGGAAUAUGUUGAACAUUAUCAUCCAAUUUUGCCCGUGGUGGAUGUGACUAAAGGACCAGAGAGAAUCUAUAAAUUAUGUCCGGCAUUAUUUUGGGUAAUUAUGUUUGUAUCCUUAAGAAGAUUUUAUGAAGAUGCAUCGCUUUUGAUUCAAUUAUCCCCACUUGUCAAAAGCGUAUUGGCCGAAAUUAUGAUUUCUCCAAUUACUAGAUAUAACCCAUUCGAAGAAGACGAGCCCAUUCUUAACGUUAGUUCAGUUUAUUCAACCCAAGCAUUUUUACUUUAUUCAUACUGGCCACCAAUCACAUCCUCCUUAAGUGCCGACUCAUCAUAUUCUACAGUAGCAACUGGAUUUUUCCAAGCUAUUAGGAUCGGGCUCCAUACAUCCUCAUUCCCAAAUACAUCAUGUACUACCGCCAAUAAUACCAACAUGGAAACCAAUCAACAACAACUAGCAAUGGCUUAUGAAAAAGCAAAAACUUGGAUUUUUUGUAACAUCGCCUCCCAAACUAUCGCCACAGCAUUUGGAUUCCCGGCAUGUGUUCAAUUUGAUUCAUCAUUCUCCUCACAAUCUCAGAACAUGCCAAAGGUUGUUCUAUUUAUGAUGGAGCUUGCACAAUUUGAAGAACAGAUGGCCAAAUCACUUAAUUCAAAUCAAGGGGAUGGGUUAUUGAAUGCAACUGAGAGAUUACCAUUAUUGAAACUUCUUUCCAAACGAUUGGCUGAAAUGGAGAAGAAAUUGGCUAGAGAACUUCCAAAUGAUUCUGUAAGAAAAUUCCAAUUAUUGUGUACAAAAGUCCAUUUAUUGACUUAUUAUUUCAUGGAUUCAUCACAUAUUGCGGAAUUUGAAUUGAAUAAAGGAUUGGUGAAAUUGUAUAAUGCUGCAAGUGAGUUGGUUUCUCAUACUGUAAUCAAUCAGACUAGGGACAAAAUGUUUGUCAAAUAUUUGCCUGGGGUGUAUAUGUUGAAUCUUUGGCAGGCGGGAUGUAUAAUUGGGAAAUUGAUUCAUCUGAGGUUGAAAAGUGUCAUAGAUGUUGGUUCGGGUAAGCAAAAUUAUCUUGCUGUUGUAUCAUUGACAGCAAAGGCAUCCAUUUUGAAGCAUGAUAUGGCAUAUAGAUCCAGUGCAAUCACCAGAAAUAUGUGGCAACUCUUUAGGACUUUAGAUGAAAAGAAAAUGUCAAGCUUGAGUAUUUCCGUGAGAAAUAGAAUGUCUGCAUCAGUUUUCUUUGAUUGUUUGAAUCUUAUGAGAGCUCAAGCAGGAAUAACAAAGUUGACUAGUAAAACCGAUGAAAAGCAAGCAGAAGAUGCAGGGCUUGGAGAAGAAGAAAAUGGUUCAUAUGAAGAUGAAAGUUCAAGUGGAGAAGAGGCAGUUGUUUCAGAUAAUGAAGUAUCAGAAAAGGGUCGUGCAGCAAGUGUAACCAGUCAAAAAUCUACUCCAGGAAGUACAACUUCUUCAGCUAGAGUAAGAAAGGCUAGAUCUUUGUCAAGUACUGUUGAUGCAGAAUCACAAGCUAGAAAGAUUAUUCGUACGAUCCCAUUGGAUCCACAACCUAUAUCUGUAGGUAAUUCCAAGAGAAGUUCGAUAUUCAAGGUGGUUAAUACAUCAAGUUCAACUGAUUCAUCUCCAAAAGUUGUGGACAAGACUUCUCCAAAUGUUGCUAGAUCACCCUAUAAUCCAGCCAACAUGCAACAGCCAAAGAAUAUUAACUCUCCAAUGGGAAAUCGUCCAGUUGAAACUUUACCUUCGCAACCACAUCAACAAGAGAACGCUCCCAAUCAACCAUUUAAUCAAAUGGUAUUUAAUGAUUCCCCCAUUCAACUUGGAUUGGAGAAUUUGGAUAUGGAUAGCUUUGACCACGACAUGUUAUGGAAGGAUGUUGACAGCGUUAUGAAUGACUUUGGUUUCCAUGCUCUUUAA